GGGCAAAGGCGGAGCCUAACCGGCGGGGUUGGUGGGGCACGGAAGGACAGAUUACAUCCCUCCUUUCCCGUCUUUUGUAGUCAAGGAAGAAGAAAGAUGGCGCCUACACAUGUACUGAGAUGUUGCCAGAGGGGUCUGGCGUGGAUACCGGUGAUAUUUAUUGCCUUAGUGGUGUGCUGGUCGUAUUAUGCAUACGUGGUGGAGCUGUGUCUGUUUGUCUACCUGGCUGUGUUUCAUGUGUCGUUCAUCAUGUUUGUGUGGUCGUACUGGAAAACCAUCUUUACAAGACCAAGCACCCCUUCCAAAGAGUUCUGUCUACCCAAAUCUGAGAAAGAGCAGUAUGAAAAAGAACAGCGUCCAGAAACUCAGCAGGAGAUCCUGAAGAGAGUGGCCACCAGUCUGCCCCUCUACACCCGCACCGGGGCAGGAGCUAUCCGGUACUGUGACCGCUGCCAGGUCAUCAAGCCAGACAGAUGUCAUCAUUGUUCUGCAUGUGACAUGUGUGUACUAAAGAUGGAUCAUCACUGUCCAUGGGUGAAUAACUGUGUGGGUUUCUCCAACUACAAGUUCUUCAUCCUGUUCCUGACUUACUCGCUUGUAUACUGCUUAUUCAUCGCCGCCUCUGUCCUCCAGUACUUCAUAAAGUUCUGGACAAGUGACCUGCCAGAGUCUCACGCCAAAUUCCAUGUCUUGUUUCUCUUUUUUGUGGCGGCCAUGUUCUGCAUCAGCAUUCUUUCACUCUUCACUUACCACUUGUGGCUUGUGGGAAAAAACAGGUCCACCAUAGAAGCGUUCAGAGCCCCGGUCUUCAGAAACGGCCCUGAUAAAAAUGGAUUUUCCCUGGGCUUCAGCAAGAACAUUGCUCAAGUGUUUGGGGACCAGAAGCUGUACUGGCUACUUCCUGUCUUUACCAGUCAAGGAGAUGGCUUUUCUUUUCCUACACGGUUGGUUACUGUUGAUCCAGAGCAGCCCACUGAUUGUCUCCAGCCUGGCGGGCUGGAUAAAGGUGCUGUGGAAGUGUCUGCUGAGCAAACCACGCCCCUCAGUGAGUCCCAAAACCGUCUGUUAGGCAACGAUUACCACAUUGAAGAAGAUCACAAAGAGACAGACAUCUUAAAGUCUGAUGAAAGUGAGGCCAUCACUAUCUCCAUUGAGAGCGAGUCAUAGCCAGUUAUGAUGUCAUUCCCUUCAAUAGGACUGAUGCUGGUGAGGGGUGAAUCCUCAGCGGUCUCGUGCCUUCGACUCCCAGUAUUGGGGGCUGUUGAGGAGAAUCACAGCCAUCAAAGCUGAUGCCUUAAACAGCUCUUUUUCUCUGAAAGCUCCUGAACACUUUCCUUUGCCCAUCGCUUCUGAAGUGUCCCAAAUCUGUCCUCACAUCUGUAAAAAUGCUCCCAGUCUCCGUUCAACUAUAGUAGCUGCACUCUUUUAACAAAGAGAUUUGCACGCAUGUCUUUUACAUCCAUGUU